AUGAGCGACAGCAAAGGAUGCAGAAGCACAUCCCAUGACUCUGUUUAUUUGGCCGAAUACUACGAUCUCCAGGCCAAGGCAGAUGUCACGACCUUGAACGCUCAAGGUGAUGCCAAAGUCUAUCUAUCGGCCCUGGAGAGGCAGAUGGAAUCGUACUACCCCCUUGAUCACCACGGAGAACAUCUUGUCGUCCUGGAUGUCGGCACAGGUACCGGGCGUGUGCUAGCCAAUCUGGCCACAGAUGCCGUUCGGGACGGUAUUCCUCUGUCCAAUGUCGAGUUCAUCGGGGUUGACAAAGAGCCUUCGAUGAUCCAUCGUGCAUUGGCUGUACAGCGGGAGACGCCGAGCAUGUCGCAAGUCGGUCGCAUUGAUUGGCUAGUCGGAGACGUCCUCCAUUUAAUCUCGGCAGAACUGCUCGAAACCCACAUCAAUCAGGUUGAUUUACUCCUAUCCGCGUCUGGCAGUGUCAGUCUUCUUUUCAGGGCUGGUGAGCUCAUGAGGUUUUUCGCUCAGGCUGCCGCGCUGCUUCGGCCGCGGUCGGGACGUUUCUACCUAUCUGUGAAGAAAGAUCUAAUAUCAACACAAGCUACCACAAAGCCAACAGAUGAAAAUGCGACAGAUGCAGGGUUGUGCGAACGACAUGAAUUUCCGAGUGAGCUCUACGAGGGUAUUGUCUACAGGCAACUGCCGACUGAAAGUCCAGCCUUAGACGGUAUUAUCAAGAGGACUCCCUACCAGUUGCAGGUGAUUAGGCGGACUGAUGCCGGUUGUGAAGAGGUUAUAGAAGAAAAUCAUAUUGAAUGUGUGCAAAGGAUCUGGAAAGAGACGGAGCUCUUGGAGUGCUUUAAGGAGGCGGGUCUGGAGAGUGUCGGAAUCAUCCAGCUUCACAUGAGACGCACUAUGUUUUGA